UGGUACACUACAUACCUAACAGAAGAUUGCUCAGACAAGUGCUAGUUAGAUAUUAAUGAACUGUGUGUGUAAACACUGUUUCAUUUCCGUGUGUCAGGUGCUUCAAUUCCCACCUGUGGAAUCCUGUGUAUAUCAAAACUUGGUGUGGUUAUGUGCAAGCGUUUCAGUGCUUACCUGAAGGAGAAAAUGGCUUUUAAAAUGCUGCUUCUGUUGCUCACACUCUUUGUCCUCACUGCAGGUGCAGAAGGCAAGACAGUAAAUCCCAGAAAGCCAAGCUGUGGAGACAUGGCUAAAAUACUUGCAUGUCCACUCAAUCUGGAACCAGUGUGUGGAACAGACGGGCAAACCUAUGGCAACGAGUGUGCCCUCUGUGUGCAGAGACAGAUGUCCAAAGCAGACAUUUUAAUUUCCAAGGAAGGGGAGUGCCAAGUUCAUCUUGGUGAUGGUGGAAACGUACCGUAAAUGUGAUCAGCUUUCAUGCAUAAAGAGCAAAAUGUAAAUCAUCAACAAAAUAAAUGAAAAUGAAAUAAACAAAUAAAGAGUGAGAGCCAUAAGCAAA